AAGUUAUGGAAGUUCAGUGAACACUUGGAACUUAUUUCCAUCUCAUUCCUAAAGCGAUAAUCCAAGUGUAAGAAAAAUCUGCGUAUCGUGGUGAGGUUGAAUUCCAUAUUGAAUUCUUAAUGAUUCCUACACCUUAAAUAAGGUAGAGUAUAGCAGAAUACUUUCGACAUAAAGUUCGGUAGGUAAGAUCACCUAUAUAAGUGAGGAGUUAUGAUGGCCGCUCCUAUAAGGAAAAAAAAACACACUUAUGAAUCCAAGAUAUGGUCCAUGGCCGAAACGGACAACAACAUGAGAACAAAAACGAAAGUUAGAAAUAUUAUUGUGUGAAUACUGGUUGUCUUGGUAUAUGUUAUACAACUGGGGGGUUCAAGGCAUCACGUCCACCAACUGGUUAGUAUGCCCGACAGUAUUUCACUAAGGAAGGUUCAAUGUAAAAAACUACCAUCCCGAUGCAAUAAUAAUUCAUCGGAACUCUUUGGAAUAAACAAUUUUUAUGCAUUCAUUAAUUUUCAUUCAUGUGGGGGAUUGUUAGAAAAAUGUUAUUAAUUUCUUAAAACCAAUUUGUGGUGAAUGAGAAAUUAAUUAUACAAAAUAAAUGUAAAAAUGUGGAGGAAGAACAUUUGUCCCACAUUGGAAAAAUGACAAAGCACAAGGAAGGAAGCUUCCUUAUAUGUGUGUUUGUCCCACAUCUAAAGUUUUGGCCAAGAGGAAGGAAGGAGCUUCCUUAUAAAAAGAACUCCCCUUGAGUCAACAAUGUUCAAGCUCAAGGUUGACUAAAGCUAAAAAUGCUUGGUCUCACUUCUUCCUUUUCGGGAGAAAACGAGCAAAGUUCCCCGAGCGGAACGUUUAAAUUUUGAAUUGAAAGUUCCACUCGGGACUGUUCGGUUCAGAUAAAAACGUUUCGAUGUGGGAUUUAAAAUUUAAAGUUGCAGACGAUGUGGGACGGUUGGGCUUCGAACCAAUGCGUUCUUGACGAAACGUUCCCUUUUGGAAUGAUUCGGAUAGAACUGCUGGUUGAAAGGGUGGAGCCUCUUCCUUCACAUGUUUUCGUAGCAACCCCCGAAUAUUAUAAAUAGGGCGCCCAUAGGAUCAUUUUCAGCAUCCCAUUUUUUCUGAGUGCAUUCUUCCUUUCAGAAAGAAAUAAUCUCAAACCUUUUCUCUAAAGAGUUCUGAACUUUUGUAGUUCGUUGGAUUCUCUAAAGCAGGUGGUGCUUUUGUAGAAUCGUAAGUCGUUGUAUCUUGGAGACGAUUGCCGUAAACCGUAACCACUUGAUAACGGGGCAAUUUCGUCUUGAGGAGAUUGUGUCUAACACAAGCCUCGACUUAACCCACUUCAAAAAUUUUCUUUUCUUUUGGAAAUUCUGUCUGAAUUUCUGAAUCCCACAUCUGCGGAAUCAACAUUCUCUUUGCAUCAAUCUCUGGUUUUCGGGAUAUGAGUGAAAAUACGGAACCUGGGCAGAUCGGCGAUACAAGGGAACCGUUCAGAGGAGGUGUGAAGAUAUUCGGAGUUUACCUAACCGAAGAGACGAAGCAGGUGAGAGAUGGGGACAACACUGUUAGCUCUGUCGGUCUCGAAGACAGCGAGAUCGGUUCUUGUGAUUGUGAACCUCCUCUUAAGAGAAGAAACAAAGGAGUGAUUUGGACCGAAGAAGAGCACCAGCUGUUUCUGGAAGGACUUGAAAAGCUGGGGAAAGGGGACUGGAAAGGAAUUGCUACGAGAUAUGUAAAGACGAGGUCAUCGACACAAGUCGCUAGCCAUGCCCAGAAGCACUUCAUCCGACAGGAAAAACCCGACCAGAAGAAACAAAGACGUAGCAUCUUCGACACUCCCUUCUGCAGUGAAACUAGAAGCCCUCGGGAUUCAGAAGUAGCCAAUCCUUCAGGCGGGACACCGUCAUUGCCUCAGCAAAAGGCAUGUGUAAGUACAAGCGGCAGUACGGUUACCACGAACAAUGGAAUCAACUCUUAUGCUUUGCCAAUGUGGCCCAGACCAAUGGGCGUGAAGCAGGUGAAUUCGUUGGAGUAUAUGUGGGGAUAUCCAUGUUACAGGAUGUUUGAAUUCAUGGCUCCAUUUGUCCCGUCGAGCGCUCGAAUUGAGAGGCGGCAUUAAGCUCUGGAAGGACGGACAGUCAGCCCUAGGAAGCUUGCUUGCUUCUCACGCUAACCAUAAGAUUGUAUAGUGAUUUUCUGCUUUAUUUUUUAAAAUUAUAUAUACAUAAUAAUAAUGAUAAUAACCUAAUUAUUAGAAGUUCUAA